UUCCGGUUCAGCGAGCGAGGCUUCGGUGUCGAAAGCCCUCGCGAGUCGGGAAUCCCUCGAGCUCCCUCGACUCGAAGGUUUCGAAUCCGAUCUCUAGCUCUUCUCCCGCUCACGCUGUAGCGGACUCCAUUGUUUUAGCGAUUUUGUCCGCUUGAUCUCCUCUCGCACUGCUUUGGAUUGUUCUUUUGCUGCGGUUUCGUUGAUCUUUCCCGGUCUUGUUCUCCUUUUGUCGGUUCCAGACUAGUAUUUGAUUCGAUUUCUGCUGAUGCCGAUGGUGCUGGAUUGAGCGGGGUCUACUGUUGCUUCAUGUUGGGGACUUGGCCACCGGAACCAUUGGUGAUGUGAGAUGAAGAUACAGCAGAGUUGUGUUGAGAACAAGCAAUCAGCUGUAGCCUCAAUCUCAUCCCUGUUGGAGGGAAGUUUUGGUUUGUCUAGGGUGUCGCCUGCCGUUUCUAGCCCACCGACAUCUUUGCCGUCGAGGAGGAGAACUAGUGGUCCUACAAGGCGAGCUAAGAGUGGUUGGACACCGCAGGAUGAUGAGACAUUACGGAAAGCUGUUGAAGCUUACAAAGGAAGAUGUUGGAAGAAAAUAGCUGAAUCUUUUCCUGAUAGAACGGAAGUUCAAUGUCUUCAUCGGUGGCAAAAAGUUCUCAAUCCUGAACUUAUUAAAGGUCCAUGGACCCCAGAGGAAGAUGAGAAACUCACAAGUCUUGUAGCAAAGUAUGGGCCAAAAAAAUGGUCUGUCAUUGCAAACUCUCUUCCUGGUCGAAUUGGGAAGCAAUGUCGGGAGAGGUGGCAUAAUCAUUUAAAUCCUACGAUAAAUAAAGAUGCUUGGACUGAAGAGGAAGAACUUGCCCUCUUGAAUGCCCAUCAUAUACGUGGUAAUAAAUGGGCAGAAAUUGCAAAGGUCUUACCUGGAAGGACUCACAACUCAAUUAAGAAUCACUGGAAUUGUUCCUUAAAGAAAAAGUUAGAUUUCUUUUUGGAAACUGGUAAGCUUCCAAAAGUUGUAAAACCUAAGAUGCUUAAUGGCUUAAAGGAAAUAGUUGGAUCAGCCAGUUCCACGUAUUCUGGUCUGCCUACUGGACUAUGUAGAUUGGAAGAUCAAAAAAAUUGGUUGGAACUGUCAACGGUUCAAGAAUAUAAUGCUGAAGCUGUUAAUAAUUCUACUGUUGAAAGCAGUAUGCUCACUCCGCUAUCUGAUAUCUGCACUAUAUCUGAUUUGGGAACAGAGUCGGCAGAAUGUAGUAACACAGGUGAGAAUGAUCAAUUGAAUGAUACAUCUGCACCAUCAUUGCACCCGGCAGCUCCUAGUCUCCUUGGUGCUCUCUUUUGUAAGCCACCUCUGCCAGAAGAUGUUUGCCACUCCAAAGAUUCUGCUCUCUUCACCUCAUAUGACUCUACGCAACAAUCACACUGCUCGGUGAUUGUGAAACAGUCCAAUGGUUAUCUGACUCCUCCCUCUGUAACCAGUAAUAAUGGAGUUUUCUGUGUGAAAUCCAUAUUAAAAAAUGCAGCUAGAAGUUACCCAAAUACUCCCUCUAUCUUCAUGAGGACAAAAAGGAACGCAGAAGCAUCCCUUGCUUCUGAUAGUACUUCACAGAAAAGUAGGGCAAAAUUUCUGGACAGUUCUGAUAAUGUGGAGACAACCAACACCUCAGUGUCAAAAUUCAGUACGAGUCCUUGUAGUAGAGGGGCCAUAUUAUUCAAUGGGAAGAACUUCAAUGUUUCUCCUCCUUACAGGUUGAGGUCCAAAAGAACUGCAAUUAUCAAAUCUGUUGAGAAGCAGCUUGAUUUUGCAUUUGAGGAAACUAAUUGUGAUGGUAAUGCCAAUCCCCUUAAAAUGGCUGUGGACAGCAGUUCUAUUUUUAAAUCCAGAAAUGUCCUUCCAAUCAUAUAGGAGAGGACUCAUGGAGGCUUUGUCAAGUGCAAGGACAGAAAAUGUAGAGAUGGCCAUGAGCUGAUGCACAAGUUGUAAGUACUUUUUGGAACCUUGCUUUGUUUUGAUUGAUGCAUAUUUUGAUCAACACAUAUACCUCCCUAUUGAGAUUAGGAGUUACAUCUUCAAUGUAUAAUUCUGUUUGUUUACUUUAACCUGUUACUGAAUUUUCAGUUUUACAUUUUAUAUUAUACUGUACUGGAAGCGUUCAUAAAUUGAUUAUGGAUAUUUCUAUUCGGUAAACAACAAUCUCCAAUUUUACCGGUCUGUGUUAAUGAGAUCCUCUUCAACCAUCCAUAGUGACCUCCUUGUCUGCAUCCAUUUUACAACUCAAUUGAAGAUUUCUGCUAAACGGUAAGUAUGAUCUGGUUAUUUGCUGAUAACAAACUAGCCACUGACUCUUCUUGUUCCUUUUGCUAGUGUAGGUAAGAGUCUUAUCUGGCCUUGGAAGGUUGAAGAUUUAAUCUGUUUUUUCCGCUGUUUGAUACAGAAUGAAGUCUGAGUAAAAGAUUUGGCAGAUUGGUGAUCUCUCUCAUCUGGCCUUGGAAGGUUGAAGAUUUUAUCUGUUUUUUCUUCUGUUUGAUACAGAGGGAAGCCUGAGUAGAAGAUUUGGUAGAUUGGUGAUCUCUCUCUCCUUAUAAUUCUUAAUAAUUGGUUGGAAUGCCAGAGAAACCUGUUGUGUUUCUCAUCACAAAGUGUGCAGAUGAUGCCCCUUCUUUAUGACCUUGCACCAAAAUUUAUGAAGAUGCUGACACAUCCAAAAUACCUAAUUAAUUGUACAUAUAAACUCCUUCCGGUC